GCAACCACCACCGCGAUGUACCGAAGAAUCCGCUCCUGGGUUCUUGAUGAGCACGAAGAAAUCCUAUUCCGCUCGCACCCUGUGAUGAAGAAGGUGGAGAACGUGCGUCUCCUCGACCGGUUCAGCAGCAAGCGGUCCACGGGCACCCUCUACCUGACGGCCACGCACCUCAUCUUCGUGGACCCGGACGCUAAGAAGGAGACAUGGAUCCUACACAUGCACAUCAGUAGCGUGGAUAAGCUGCCGCUCUCCACACAAGGCUCUCCGCUCCAGGUGCGCUGCAAGACUUUCCUGGCUGUCACCUUCGUCAUCCCAAAGGAGCGAGACUGCCACGAUAUCUAUACCUCGCUCCUGCAACUCUCCCAGCCCGUACACCUGGAAGACCUGUACUGCUUCCACUACACGGCCAGCAGCGAUGACCUGGACAAACGCAGCGGCUGGGACCUGUACAACCCCGCGGCCGAGUACCACCGCAUGGGCGUACCUUGCGAGACCUGGACCCCUACCACCCUCAACCACAACUAUGAGAUCUGCGACACCUACCCCCAGGAGCUGUACGUCCCUGCCUCGGCCCCUACCAAGGUCAUCCUCAGCAGCUCAAAGUUCAGGAGCAAAGGUCGAUUCCCGGUGCUCUCAUACCUGCACAAGAACCAGGCCGCCCUGUGCCGAUCCUCCCAGCCGCUGUCAGGGUUCAGCGCUCGGUGUGAGGAGGACGAGCAGCUUCUGGACUGCAUCCUGCGCUCCAACCCCAACACGUCGCAUAUGAUUGUGGUGGACACGCGGCCUAAGAUCAAUGCCAUGGCUAACCGGGCAGCAGGCAAAGGCUACGAGAACGAGGCGUACUACGAAAACAUCAAAUUCCACUUCUCGGGCAUUGAAAACAUCCAUGUCAUGAGAGCAUCCCUGGCCAAGCAGAUUGAAACGUGCCAGUUGGUGCCGCCCUCCAUGAACGGCUUCAUCAGCGGCGUGGAGUCCUCAGGCUGGCUGAAGCACGUGCGCUCGGUGAUGGACACGGCGGUGUUCAUCACGGCCGCCAUGAUGGAGGGCGUCAGCGUGUUGGUCCAUUGCUCCGACGGGUGGGACCGGACCGCUCAGACCUGCGCCCUCGCCCAGCUGCUCCUUGACCCUUACUACCGCACCAUCCAGGGCUUCCAGACCCUGAUUGAGAAGGAGUGGCUGGCGUUUGGGCACAAGUUCACGGAUCGCUGCGGACACAUUCAGGGUGACUCCAAGGAGGUGUCACCCAUCUUCACACAGUUCAUUGAUUGCGUGUGGCAGCUCCAGCAGAUGCUUCCCUCGGCGUUUGAGUUCAACGAGCGUUACCUCCUAGUCCUGCACGACCAUGUCUUCUCCUGCCAGUUCGGGACCUUCAUCGGCAACUGUCAGAAGGAUAGAGUGGACUUGAGGUUAGCCGAGAGAUCCUACUCGCUGUGGGGCUUCAUCAGGAACCACGUGACGGAAUACAGGAACCCACUGUACCGGCGAGACUCAACCACUGACGUCCUGCGCCUCACACUGAGUCCCCAGAGUGUAAAGUUCUGGCGAGGGAUGUACAACCGCUUUGAGAAUGGCAUCCACCCCCGGGAGCCCAUGGGGGACCUGCUGGCGGCCACCACGGAGCACACGCAGUCCCUCAACGACCAGGCCGACUACCUCACCAAGCGCAUCACGUGGCUCAAGAACGAGCUGGAGCGGCGGGGACGCAACGCCCCCAAGAAGGCGGCCGACGCGCUGUGUGACAACCGCAUCCUGGAUGAGGCGCAGCAGGUGGGGGGCAGGGCACCGCACGCUGACAACGGCAAUAACGAGGGCAAAGUGGAGAGCCUGGGUGUGCUGGGGAUGCAGGAGAUUGAGGAGUCCCUGGUGUCGGUGGGCGCCCUGACAGCCACACACGAGACGGACCCGGACGUCACCUCGGAUAAGAUCGCCCCGGACGCAAACUUCAUCAACCCUUCGCAGCUGAUCCCCGGCAGCGGCAAGAAGCUCAUGAACCAGCUGCUGUCCCACCAAGCAGUGCGGUCCGUGUCCUCCGAGCUGUCCUCCGUCUCCCUCGACUGGAAGACCUUCAGGAAUGUCAAGGAGUGUUCCUGCUCCACGCCCUUUGACCACUUCAGCCGUAAGCACCACUGUUGGCGUUGCGGGGAGGUGUUCUGCACGCGUUGCAUCGACAAGAAGACAGCGCUGCCCGGCCACCUCAGUCAGCAGCCCGUGCCUGUCUGUCGCCCAUGCUACAAAGAUGUGACACGUUCCCUCUCGGUCGAUACGCCAUAGUCACACAGAUCUGGGUCGAGGCAUGACGUUGCACUAUGGCGGGGAUGACUAUUCUUAUUCAGUCAAGCAGUGAGCAUGUCAGUGAGUCAGUUAUCCUCCUCCAAGGUGUUGAGUAAGAAUGAGGUCAUGCAAGGGAAGGGUGUUGGCAUGUCAGGACACCCAGUCACUGAUUCACUCGGCCAGUCAGUCAUUGAGGCCAGGGUGUGUAGCUUGGGUGUAGGUGCGAGGGCGGGUAUUUAGUGAUAUUGGGUCUUCAUCCUUCUUGUUGGUGUUGUGUGGCGAUAUGAUCAGGCCAAGCGAGGGAGUGAAGUGGUGUGGGAGUGUGGGUUGAACUUCUGUAUCAUUCACUCAGUCAGUCGGUCAGUUAGAUGGUGCACUGCUUUGUUUCUUCUUACUCAAUAUGGAAAGUGAAUGGGUUGCUCUGAUUGGCUCUUGUGAAGGGAGUGGGUGUGUUGAUAUCAUCCCUGUAUCAUCACUCGGUCAGUCAGUCAGAUUGUGCACUGUUUUCUUCCUUCUUACUCAAUAUGGAAAGUGAAUGGGUUGCCCGGAUUGGCUAUUGUGAAGGAUGUGUGUCUCUAUAUUACCAUUCAGUCAGUCAGUCAGAAUCUGUACUGUUUUGUCUCUUUUUACUCAUUAUGGAAAGUGAAUGGGUUGCCCGGAUUGGCUAUUGUGAAGGAUGUGCAUCUCUAUAUUAUCAUUCAGUCAGUCAGUCAGAAUCUGCACUGUUUUGUCUUUUUUUACUCAUUAUGGAAAGUGAAGGGGUUGCCCGGAUUGGCUAUUGUAAAGGAUGUGCGUCUCUAUAUUAUCAUUCAGUCAGUCAGUCAGAAUCUGCACUGUUUUGUCUUUUUUACUCAUUAUGGAAAGUGAAGGGGUUGCCCGGAUUGGCUAUUGUGAAGGAUUUGCAUCUCUAUAUUAUCAUUCAGUCAGUCAGUCAGAAUCUGCACUGUUUUGUCUCUUUUUACUCAUUAUGGAAAGUGAAUGGGCUGCCCGGAUUGGCCGUUGUGAAGGGUGUGGGUGUGUUGAUAUCAUCCUUGUAUCGUUAGCCAGUCAGUCAGUCAUAUGCUCUACUGUUUUUUCCUCCUUAAUAUGGAACUUGAAUGGGCUCCCCUGACUGGGUGUUUUGUAAGGAAGUGUAAGGAAGCAACAGCUGCUGGUGGAUGCUGUGUCUAGUGAGCACAGUGCUGUUGGCGGCUGAUCAGCGCUGACCCUACUUAAUGCUGACUAUUCACAGUGCUGUUCCUUAGGUCAAGUUUAUGAAUCCAUCUCCGUUUACAGUUUAUUCCUGGUUCAUGGCACUAUUGCAUAAUUUUUAUAAACAUGCAUAUCGAUAUUCCAUUAUUAUUUACAAAACUUAUACACACAUGUACCUAGGGCCGCUUUCACAGUCAUUUUGUUUGUUUUGAUCGUUACCAAUGGCGGCGAUCGAUGUUAUAGCAUUUCCAUGUAAAACUGGCUGAUGGGGUUGUGGAGGCUGUGGAGUUAGCCUAGCCCUGCAAAUUAGCACACACUCUCAACACCUCUCGCUUCCUCUGCAGCCGCCACUACCCCAUAGGCCAGUUUCACGUGGAAAACUAUAGCGUCGAUCGCCACCAUUGGUAACAAUCAGAACAACCAAAGUGACUGAAAGCGGCCCCUAGUUCUUUUCCCUAAUCAAACGUUCCAUUGUCUUGAAGGUAGUAUGCUAUGAUGUGUACUGCUCCAUGAUUUUUACGCUAUGUACCUCUGAUUCUGUUAUAUAUGAUUAUGAAACUUUGGAGCAUGGUCUACCUACAUCCAAUUCUGUUAUAUAUGAUUAUGAAACUUUGGAGCAUGUUCUACCUACUUAAUAAACUUUUGCUCAGUUUUACUUUUUGUCAUAAGGAUUUUUGUUAGUUUCAAUGUGUUUGGUUGUAUUUGGUCAUUGAUUUAUAGAGUGCACAGUUGUUUGGUUGUAUGUUCUCGGCCGUCACCAGAAGGAGGGUGAGGAGCGCAGGAUGGGUGCAUGCAAAAGGAGAGAAAAAUCAUGAGUUAACCCGUUAGCCGCGGGGAUCAUGUUUCUUAAUGGUCCCUCCAAGCGAGAAAAAUGAGAAAAAAAUCACCCCUCACACAAACCCUUUAUUAAUAUAUAUCAAAGCAUUUGUGAUCAGAUUAUGUAUCAUCUAUUUUGGGGGGUUUAUAUCAUGGCACAAAUUUGGCCCAUCACUGCUGCACGGUAAAGCCACAAAUUUGGCCCAUCACUGCUACACGGUAAAGCCACAAAUUUGGCCCAUCACUGCUGCACGGUAAAGCCACAAAUUUGGCCCAUCACUGCUGCAUGGUAAAGCCACAAAUUUGGCCCAUCACUGCUACACGGUAAAGCCACAAAUUUGGCCCAUCACUGCUACACGGUAAAGCCACAAAUUUGGCCCAUCACUGCUACACGGUAAAGCCACAAAUUUGGCCCAUCACUGCUACACGGUAAAGCCACAAAUUUGGCCCAUCACUGCUACACGGUAAAGCCACAAAUUUGGCUCGUCGCUGCUACCGGGUUAAAUAAAUGGUUGCACACCUCAAAAUGGUUAUAGUUAAAAGUUUAAAAAAAAGUUCAGUUAGUUCAAAAAUUCAUAACCAAAUCAUUAUAACUGUGCACCACAAGCGAGAGAAAAGUUUGUAAAAAUGUAUAAUUGGUCAUACACUAUUAGCCAGAUAAUUAUAAGUGUACAUAUUUAACACCAUGAUUUAGUUCCUAUUCGAAGAUGAUUAUUUACAGAUGUUUGGGCAGAAUCAUGUAUAUUUAAAGGUUUAAUGAAUAAUAAGUAUGAUUAAGGUUACCAAUGCUGCAAGUCUUGUGGUGGUGGCGGACAGGCAGGUUGUACUGGCGAGGAGCAUUGCCCACAUGGACACUGCGGUGGUACAAAGCAGCAGAACAGAUCACUUUUUCCCAACAGUCUGUCAUUACGUUGUGCUAAUUUUCCGCUUCGCUCUCUCAUACCACACACCGAACACUAACUGUGGGUCAUAACAGCGAGGAACAUUGCCCACGUCGACACAGCGGUGGUACAAAGGAGCAGACCAGAUCACUUUUUCCUCAUAGUCUGUCAUUACGUUGUGCUAAUUUUCCGCUUCUCUCUCGCAUACCACACAUCGAACACUAACUGUGGGUCAUAGCAAUGAGGAACACUGCCCACGUGGAGACAGCGGUUGUACAAAGCAGCAGACCAGAUCACUUUUUCCUCAUAGUCUGUCAAUACGUUGUGCUAAUUUCCCGCUUCGCUCUCUCAUACCACACACCGAACACUAACUGUGGGUCAUAACAGCGAGGAACAUUGCCCACAUGGACACUGCGGUGGUACAAAGGAGCAGACCAGAUCACUUUUUACCAACAGUCUGUCAUUACGUUGUGCUAAUUUCCUGCUUGUCUCUUGCAUACCACACAUCGAACACUAACUGUGGGUCAUAACAGCGAGGAACAUUGUCCACGUGGAGACAGCGGUGGUAGAAAGAAGCAAAACAGAUCACUUUUUCCUCAUAGUCUGUCAUUACGUUGUGCUAAUUUCCCGCUUCGCUCUUGCAUACCACACAUCGAACACUAACUGUGGGUCAUAACAGCGAGGAACAUUGCCCACGUGGAUACUGCGGUGGUACAAAGAAGCAGAACAGAUCACUUUUUCCUCAUAGUCUGUCAUUACGUUGUGCUAAUUUUCCGCUUCUCUCUCACAUGCCACACCGCACAGGCAGGAAACGACACUGCAUUGUCUUGUAUCUAUAAACACAGUAAUGGCGAGGGAGACCGUUCCAGAUGUACACAAUAGCUUGCUAGCCUACAAGCGCAUGUACGGACACUGCGGAUACAUAGAUCUGUGUUACACCGGCACUGUGGCAGAGGCUGUGCUGUGUGGCCUUCACUGUGAUAGCAAGGAGGAGGAACUGUAGAGGGGGUGGCAGUACUGUGCGUGGGUGCAGAGGUCAUAAGGCAAGACCAGAAAUACAAGGCAGGAGGCCGUGAGGUUGUGGCGUCAGAUGUGGAGCCAAAACAGAGCAACAGAGCACCAUAAAGGGAUAGCGAUCGAUGUUGGUGUUUGCUGCCUCACAGUCUAGGCGUUUAGUGUUUGUUAUGUUGCCCUGUCAUGUGGGUUCUCCUUCUUGGUGGGCAGACAGGAUAUGGACAAGAUUGAGGAGUUGAAAGUAUGUAUAUGUAUGUAAAUUGCCACCUGUCUCUCUCCCUCUCCUUCCCCUCCCUUCUCAUUUUUUUUUUCCUUUACUUCUUCUUUCUCUUUUUCUUCGUUUUCUUCUUUUUCAUUUUCUUUUUCUUCGUCUUCUUCCUUAUCUUCCUUGUCUUCUUAUCUUCUCCUUCCUUAUCUUCUUUUUCAUUUUCUUCCUCUUUUUCCUUCUCUUCUUCCUUUUCUUCGUAUCUUCUUUUUCAUUUUCUUCUUCCAUUUCUUCCUCUUUUCUCAUGAUUCUUCCUGUGCCUCUUCAAUCUAUUACUCCAUUUAAUCAUUAUCGUCUGUGUUCUAUUCCUAUUGGUGAACUAUUGGUCUAUCUCUAUGCCUCUGAAUCUAGCUGUCAUUCGGGCUAUUAUUUUGAGGCCUAUCUUGCAUUCGUACUGGUAUUUCCUCUAGUCUCUGGCCUGGUAAUGUGUCUGUCUGUCUGUCUGUCUGUCUGUCUGUCUGUCUCUUCUUCAUCUCUUUCCCUCUGCUAUCUGUGGUGAGUAGAACUGCAAAGGCUUCAAGCAAUACAUUUCUGACCUGGUGCAAAAUACUUAUUCCGAAAGAUCACUUCAUCCUGUCGGCCUUUCUUUUAUUUCUUUCCUUCUGUCUGUUUCUGUUUAUCUUUGCCUGUCUGUCUGUCUAGUUUUUCUCUCUCUCUCUCUCUCUCUCUCUCUCUCUCUCUCUCUCAGUGAAGAAAUAUAGAUCUAAACGUCAUAUUGUUCAUUUUUAUUCACUAUUCAUUAACUGUGAUGCGUAAAUAUGAGCUCAUCUCUCAUUAUGCUUUCUACUCUCUAUAGUAUAAGAUGUGUAGCAUGAUUUAUUUUGUAUGUCAUUUACUGUUUAUGUACUGCCAACUUAAGUUACUCUUUAGUUACCCCCAAAAAAACUAUAUAUUGUAAUGGAGGAAGAGAAUGGUACAAGAAUCUUUAGCAUCUGAAAGCUUCGGUAAGUCACGGCUGGUCACUGGUUUAUCAAUGUCGUUGGUGAGGAUGAAUUUACGUAAGAUGAAAAUUACUGCAAUAAGGUUGAGGGUCUGAAAGUACAAUGUUAUAAUGGAAAAGUGUGUUGUCAGUGAGCACGGAACACUUAACAUUUUAUCCCUCACCGAAUAAUGGCAUUUCGCUCCCCUUAUUAGGCUGUUGUUAGCCAUCACUCUACUAUUGUUACUGUUUGUUACUGAACUGCAUCCUCGGGUAGAGAGUUAACAGCUGAGGGUGUUUGUGUGUGUUGUCACCAAUGGAUGAUGUAAACAGUGAACAUAGACCACCAAUGUUACAAUUCCUCUUAGAAUGUUGAUGUCAUGUGUAACUUCCUUCACUCAACUUGUUUCUUGUUCCGGGCUGGGCUGGUUCAGGACACUGGCAGGGGGAGGCGGCAAGGGCUGGAGGGAACCUUGAUAUGUUUAGUUCAUGACAAUCAAAAUAGCUAACUAACUGUGCACUAAACACCAAAGAUUGACCUUGGUUACUUCUGAUAUCUAUUAUAAGCAACAUGUCCUUCACUUCAUAUGUCAUUCUUAAAAAGCUUACUGUGCUCUAAUAUCCCAAAGACUGACCUUGAUUACUUAUGAUGUCCAAAUUCAAACCUCUUGGACUGUAUAUACUAUGUUAUUAUACUUCAAAAUUUUCUCCUGGGGUGGUUGUGGAUCCCUGGUGUCAUCAGUGUGGUUUUCCCUGCAUUCCCAAAAUCACUCUGCCCCUAUAAUUAGUGGAGGGGUAGGUUGGCUAAUGUAACUGGGGGUAUUUCUACUACUCAAACCACAUGAGAAUUUGAUCUACUCGGGAGAAUAAAUCUUUUUCCCAACAUUCUGCCCGGUAUCAAAUCCAUGCCCCUGAAACAAUAAGCAUCAUCAAGCCAAAGGGUAUCUAAUGGUUUAAAGCAUUUGGAGUCUUUAUUUCCUCAUUAUCUGUUAGUUUAUUGUUUAUUGGUGCAUCAGUCUCAGUCAUGGUGAUACUAAGAGACACUAGCUUCUCUCUUCUACUGGAACUACUCUUAUGUACGGUCAUGGUGGCUUCGAUGUAAGGUUUUGAGUUGACGACUUUGGGUAUUCAUCUUGGUGGAGCAAUUUGAGGCUCACCCAAGCAUCCCUGUACUGCCAGUGUCCUGUGGGCCACCCUCACCCUUACUGUUGUCUUAAGUUGAAGUCACCAAUCAGGGAAUUAAUAACUGUAAUAAUAGUAAUAAUAAUGUUAGUGGUUAGCUUGUACCAGAUACCAAAUGUGACCCUUGCCUCAAAUCUCCCUAUUGAAUGAUUGAUUGAUUUGUAAUUAUUAUUGAUAUUUUUAUUAUUAUCGUUUGUGCUGAGACCUUACGACAAGAUGCAUCACUGAAAGAAGGGUUGUGUUGGGAGAGCAGAGGAAGAGAAUGAUUAUUACUGUUGAUCCAAAUUUUGAUAGAUUAAUAAAUAUAUGGACACACAGGA